CUGGCCUAACUUAGCCUUGCUUUUCUUAGAGUUUGGUGUAAUUUCAAGUUGCAGUUUUAAUUACAUCGAUUUGCAGUAUUAGCUAUAAAUUCGUCAAAUGACAGUAUAAUGGAAUCGCAAACCGAUCACAAUCCUAUCGAGCUUGAAUUCCAAGAAAUAGACAAGAACAAGGGGGCUUGGAACCUUGCUUACGAGGAAAUCAGAAGUCAAUGCUCAAAAUUUGACUACACUUUAAUAGAAGCAAAGAAAACAAAGAACAAAAAUCUAAAUCGUUACCGAGAUGUCAGCCCUUACGAUCACACGAGAAUCGUUUUAUCUAAGGGAUCCAGUGACUACAUCAACGCCAGCUUGGUCAAGAUGAAGGAAGCCAACAGACAGUACAUUCUUACGCAAGGACCUCUCCCUAACACGACAUCCCACUUCUGGCUGAUGGUUUGGGAACAGAAGUGCAAAGCAGUCUUGAUGUUGAAUAAGAUUAUUGAAAAAAACCAGGUUAAGUGCCAUCAGUAUUGGCCCAUCGGAAGUAAAAACGGUGGGGAAGACAUAAUGGAGUUUAAGGAUGUAGACCUCAAAGUUGAACUAAUAUCCGAAACCGAUGGACCAUACUUCUCAACAAGAGUAUUAAGACUAACAGAUGUAGAGAGCGGGAGUAGCCGGGACAUCUUGCAUUUCCAUUACAUGACGUGGCCGGACUUUGGCGUGCCUCAGAGUCCAACAGUGUUCCUGCGGUUCCUCAACAAGGUGCGACGCAGCGGAGCCCUAGACGAGAGUGUCGGCCCACCAGUGGUCCACUGCUCCGCCGGCAUCGGACGGUCAGGGACCUUCUGUUUGGUGGACACUUGUCUUAUACUGAUAAAAGACAACGGCUGUGAUAACGUGAAGGUGCGAGACAUUCUCCUAGAUAUGCGGCGACAGCGCAUGGGACUGAUACAAACCCCGGAUCAGCUGCGCUUCUCUUACCUGGCUAUCCUGGAAGGGAUGAAAACCGAUUGGGACAGUAUAAACGAUAAUGAUCCUGUUGAGGAGGAAGUAAACGCGAACCAUGUCAACUACGAUGAUGAAGAGCCCCCGCCGCUGCCACCACCUCGUGGGGAUAGUCUGAAGGCAGUGGUCAACAGUGACCACAGUCCUACGACACCAGACCUGCCCCCGCUACCCUCCGCGCCUCCUCACAGCAGCAGCAGUAGUGAGGAACCCAGUCAACCACCUAGCCCUGGCAACGGCACUACCAACAGCUCUGAGGGAAUGAGAAAGCGGAAACACGAGGACCGCCUUGAAUCCCUCAAGGAGAAACUGCAGGAUAUGAAGACGAAGCAGCAACAGACGGAGAGAUGGAACAAGAUUAAGAGGACGGUCGACUGCUGGCCAAUGUACAGACCGGUUUUUAAGAAGUAUCAGAUGGCUUUUCUAAAAAGGUCUCUUGAGCCUAAAAACGUUCUAAACUUGCCAUGGGAAUAAUUCUGAAGAUCCAAAAAGUAUGUAUCUUGUGAUAUUGAAAUUAAAACUUUUCAUAGUGAGUGUAAAAUAUAUUUUUUUCUCCUCGAUCUAAAGUGGAGUGUUAGGACAUGCUUUACAGAGGGGUCAGUUAAUCUUUUAAAAAUUAGUUACCAAACAAAAAUAUGAAGAUUGAAGCAGGAGAUAGUCGUGUUAUCAACAUCACUGGAAACAUACUUAUUGUCAUCCGGUUUUGCGUCAACUGUCCUCUAAGAUACUUGUGAAGGCGCAAAAUUAUAUUAAAAUGUUUGUUACUUGAUGGAUUGUUGAUAGGGAUUUUAUUUUAAACUAAAUAAUGUUAAAACCCUCAAGUUGAUGUAUUUUAUUAUUUUAACGUUAGUACAGUAAAUUUUUAACAAAAUAUCUUUUACUGCAUUCGUCUAAUGCACAGGUGCACUUUAUAAUGCGAAAAUCAUUAUAAUGGUAACAGUAGAAGAGAUUUAUAUUGUUUUUAACUUAACUGGAGACAUUGUUUUUUGUAACAGUAAUUGCAAGUGCAAGUCACUGAAAUUUUAAAUGAGUCAUUGGAAGUAUUUUUUUCUGUUUUGAGCUACUUAAUGAUUUUUCAAUAAUGCGUAAUAGGCCUACCUUAUUUAUAUGUAAAUAAAAAAUAAUCAACAUCUUAAAACCAAUGUUAUUGGCCUGUUUAGGAGAUGGGUAAUUGUUUGACACUAUAAUAUACAUUUAACCUUAAAUAUCACCUCUUUUGUGAAAAGUAUUAUGAUUCAUCAGCAAUUUCUUAAAAUGUUAUUAAUUCGGCAAUUGUUCAGAGUAAAUACCUUUCAAUAUUGGAAAUUAAGCAAAAUACCAAGAUUUAUGACAUAAAAAGUAGAAAUUAUACAAUUUAAAAAUAUUGCUGUAGUAUUUUUUUAUAAUUAAACUGCUUCUUCACCAAAUCAAGAACGCUAUUCACCAAAUUCUUUUCAGAGGUGGUCUAUAUAAAAUAUAAACAAAUAAUUAAACUAAGUUUCAUUGCAAUUUAUUUUUAAGUGUAGUAGAAUAAAACAUAUAAAUGCUACAACUGUAGUUAUAUUAUUAUUUAUUGGAUUUGCAAUGUGAUUUAGAUCUAAAAAAUUGCCAUUGCAAUGCAUUUAUCUUUCCCUUCAAGUGUAAUAGUUAUUGGAAUUGUACCAAUGAUAGAAACUAUACGGUAAAACUAUUUAUAAGGAAACAGAAAGAUAAAUUUGGAUUACUGGUACUAUAAUAUUAUUACAAAUUAGUGUAAAUGUAGUUCCUUAAAACAUAUUACGUAAGAACAAGUUUUAAAUGUUGUGUGUAAAAAUUUGUUUUAUUUUGGGGCAUGCUUUAUAAGAGACUCGAGUAUUUUGUAUAUGUUUAUAAGACAUGUUGGAAUGAAAUGUGUAAUGUCUCAGUUUUUAAUUGAAUAAGUAAAUAGAAAGUGGUUUCAUCUUCAAUAAGAAUAUAAAUAUAUUACGCAAAUAGUCUGCAUUUAUUUGAGCAUUUAUAUAAAACUACUUAAUAAGUAACGAUACUCUUUUACCAAGAUAUUUGAAUUCUAACUAUGUAAAAUAAUUUGGCCAUAUUGUAAUUUUGCAAUAAGUAAAGAACCAUAUUUUUAUAUCACCAAACAAAUACGCCCAAGUGUAUUCAUGGUUGUUCCUAAUAUUCUUUGUACAUAAACAUUAGGCACCACAAACCAUUGAAUGUGCUUACGAUUAUCAAUGAAAUGAAUCUGACUGCAAAUGUACCAAACAUUUCUUCGAGCUCUGUCCACUUGACUAACUUUUAUAUCCUUAAAUAAAUGGAACAUUUGAUGUAAAAUGAGGUUGCAUUUAUUUCAGUUA